AUGGCUCUGACUGUGUAUGUUCGGAGACGAACAGGGCUGCCAAGUACCCACGACAGACAAGUAAAGCUCAGCUUUUGCGGCUUCACCCAGAAAACAAGGAAAAUUCACUGUGGUCGAGAAGCAGAUGUUGGUGAGCUGUUUCGCUGGCCUCACUAUGGGGCUCCACUGCUUGGGGAGAGCUUGUCUGUGCAGGUGGUCAACUGCAGCCGUGUGUUCAGCCACAGGCCUCUGGGGACCCUGGUGAUCUCCCUGCAGCAACUGCAGAGUGCUGGGCAUUUGGUGCUUCGUGAGGCCCUGGUGGAUGAGAAUCUUCGAGUGUCUCAGCUCCAGGUGGAGCUUGACCUGAAGUACCAGCCCCCAGAGGGCGCUGCUGGAGCAAGGGCAGAGGAGGACUUUGGGACACCUAUCCAGGACAGCUCAGAGUUGAUCAUUCCCAGUGUGGGCUUCCAGGAGCUGGAGCCUGGGGAGGCCCAUUUGGAGCGGCAGGCAGUGGCUCUGGGCCGCAGGCUAGCUCGAAGCCUAGGCCCACAGGAUGAUGAGGAGAAUGAGCUAGAGCUGGAGUUGGAGCUGGAGCUGGAUGAUGAGCCUGAUGUGGAGCUUUCUGGAGUUGUGUUCAGCCCCCUCAAGAGCCGAGCACGGGGCCCAGCUUACCAGGACCACUGGCAGGUGUCCAGAGCCCAGGACUUUCAGGUGGGAGUCACGGUGCUUGAGGCUCAGAAACUGGUGGGAAUCAAUAUUAACCCCUUUGUGGCCGUGCGUGUUGGGGAGCAGCGCCAAGUGACAGCCACACAGCGUGGGACCAAUUGCCCCUUCUACAACGAGUAUUUCUUGUUCGAAUUUCAUGAGACCCGGCUUCGCCUCCAAGACUUACUACUGGAGAUCACGGCUUUCCACUCGCAGACACUCCCCUUCAUGUCUACUCGGAUAGGCACCUUCAGAAUGGACCUGGGCAUCGCCUUUGAUCAGCCAGAUGGCCACUUCUACCAAAAAUGGGCUCCUCUGCAUGACCCCCGAGACACCCGCGCUGGGACCAAGGGCUUCGUCAAGGUCACCUUAUCAGUGAGGGCGUGCGGGGACCUGCCCCCUCCACUGCCACCCCCUGGCCCAGAGCACAGUUUGGACAUCGAGAAGAACCUGCUCCUGCCCCGCGGGGUGCGCGCUGAGAGACCGUGGGCGCGGCUGCGCGUGCGCGUCUACCGUGCGGAGGGGCUUCCCAUGCGCCCCGGGCUGCUAGGCAGCCUGGCCCGCGCCUUGCAUGACCAGCGAGUCCUCGUGGACCCCUACGUGCAGGUGUCCUUCCUGGGGCAGCAGGGCGAGACUUCAGUGCGCAGCGAGGCGGCGGCGCCUGAGUGGAACGAGCAGCUGAGUUUCGUGGAGCUCUUUCCUCCGCUGACGCGCGGCCUCCGCUUGCAGCUGCGGGACGACGCGCCCCUCGCCGACACCGCCCUCGCCAUGCACGUGCUGCCCCUGCGGCAGAUCUCCCACCCGGGGCGCGCGGCCGGGUUUAACCCCACCUUCGGCCAGGCCUGGGUGUCCCUCUAUGGCUCUCCCCCGAGUGGGGGACUCCGGGAUGGACUUCAGAGUCUCAAUGAAGGCUCUCAGAGGUGGGGGCUGGAGCCUCUCAGCUCUGGAGGGUGGAAUCUAGUCCCGGGCAUUAACCGCCAAGUUUCUCUGGGUGUUGUGGCCCAGGAUAAUCCAGGUUUCUCCUUGGGAUCUGGGAGAGUACAGCAUGACUUCCUUUCACAGAAUGCUCUUGCAUCCCGUGAAGAUUUCCUGCUUUUCGGCGUGCUCUUCGAGGCCACCAUGAUUGAUCCUGCUGUAGCCUCAAAGCCUAUCAGUUUUGAGAUUUCCAUUGGUCAUGCAGGUCGCAGGGAGGAGCAGCAGCACAGAGGUUCCAGGGCUGGGGAGGGAACCGCAGGCUCCAUGGUGGAGGCGCAGCCUCUGCUGGAGUCUGAAGAUGUGGGAGUCAGGCUGGAGGAAGAGGAAGAGCUGGGCAUCCCAGCCCAGCAGCCUGAACCUGUGGAUGGCAGCAGUGCUUACUUCUGCUUGCCUCUUCGUCACUGCAAGCCCUGCAUACAUGUGUGGAGCCGAUGGGAGGAUUACACAUGGUGCCUACACAGCAGCAACUGUGUGUGCAAAGCGGCUGAGAGGCUGGACCAGGGGCUGCAGGAGGUUGAGAAGAUGCAGUGCAAGCCAGGACUGGGUGCCCACCUGCACCUCAAGCAGGCUCUGGAAGAGCUGGUGGCUGGGAGCAGACAGUUUUGCCGCAGUGCUGAGUGCAGGACCAUGACCCGACCCAACGCCUUGGAUAGAAGCUGAGCAAAACUGCUGAGUCACAGCCUGAACCUGUUAGCAAAACAAAGACUUCGGCUUUUAGGGGGUCUGAAGAGGGGCACCAUACAAAAGAAGGUGGCAUUGGCCAAGAAGCUCCUGACUAAACUGCGCUUUCUGGCUCAGGAGGUGAUGCCUCCCCAGCUCAUUUCUGUACCCUGUAUACCCUUCUCCCUAAGCUUUUGCACCAUCCCAGAGGCCUCUAGCAGUUGCCUGUCUUAUGUGGUGGUGAGCGCUGGCAAGGAGCAGCAGGACACCAAGGAGCGCUACAUCCCCAAGCAGCUCAACCCCAUCUUUGGCGAGGUCCUGGAGCUAAGCAUCUCACUUCCAGCCGAGCCAGAGCUGACUGUGGCUGUAUUUGAUCAUGACCUUGUGGGUUCUGAUGACCUCAUCGGGGAGACCCACACUGAUCUGGAAAACCGAUUCUACAGCCACCACAGAGCGAACUGCGGGCUGGCCUCCCAGUACGAUGUAGAUGGGUACAAUGCCUGGCGUGAUGCAUUCCGGCCUUCACAGAUCCUGGCAGGGCUAUGCCAACGCUGUGGCCUCCCUGCCCCUGAAUACCGAGCUGGGGCCGUCAAGGUGGGGAGCAAAGUCUUCCUGACACCACCUGAGACUCUGCCCCCAGGUGAGGGGGGUCCUCAGUGGGCAAGUGGGACCUCUGAGGAGGCCCAGGCAUUACUUGUCCUGCGGCAUUGGCAGGAGAUGCCAGGGUUUGGGAUCCAGCUGGUACCUGAGCAUGUAGAGACUCGGCCCCUCUACCAUCCUCACAGCCCAGGGCUGCUGCAGGGAUCCCUUCACAUGUGGAUUGACAUCUUUCCCAAGGACGUACCUGCCCCACCUCCAGUUGACAUUAAGCCUUGGCAGCCAAUCAGUUACGAGCUCAGAGUUGUCAUCUGGAACACAGAAGAUGUGGUUCUGGGUGAUGUGAACCCUCUCACUGGGGAGAUGUCAAGUGACAUCUAUGUGAAAAGCUGGAUGAAGGGGCUGGAGCAUGACAAACAAGAGACAGAUGUCCACCUCAACUCACUGACCGGGGGGGGGGACUUCAACUGGCGCUUUGUGUUCCGCUUUGACUACCUGCCCACGGAGCGGGAGGUGAGCGUCCGGCGCCGACCUGGACCCUUCGCCCUGGAGGAGGCUGAGUUCUAGCAGCCCGCUGUGCUGGUCCUGCAGGUCUGGGACUAUGACCGCAUCUCUGCCAACGACUUCCUUGGAUCCCUGGAGCUGCAGCUGCCAGACAUGGUUCGGGGGCCCCGAGACCCUGCCCAGUGCUCCGUGCGGCUGGCCGGUGACAGGGCCGGGCCAAGGUGCAAUCUGUUCCGCUGCCACCGCUUGCGGGGCUGGUGGCCUGUAGUGAAGCUGCGAGAGGCAGAGGACAUGGAGCGAGAGGAGCAGGAGGCAAAGGCUGGCAGGAAGAGGAAGAGGAGGAAGCGGAAGGGCAGGCCUGAGGACCUGGCGUUCACAGACUCAGGUGGCAACGUCUACAUCCUCACAGGGAAGGUAGAGGCAGAGUUUGAGCUGUUGACUGUAGAGGAGGCAGAGAAGCGGCCAGUGGGCAAAGGAUGGAAAGAGCCGGAGCCCCUGGAGAAGCCCAACCGCCCCAAAACCUCCUUUAACUGGCUCGUGAACCCACUGAAGACCUUCGUCUUCUUCACCUUGCGCCGGUACUGGCGCAUCCUGCUGCUCCUGCUGGUGCUGGCACUCAUCACCAUCUUCCUCCUCCUGGUAUUCUACACCAUGCCCGGCCAGAUCAGUCAGGUCAUCUUCAACCCCCUUCACAACUGACCGGGGACACAAGUCCUUCCUGUCAAUACGAGCUGUCUAAGA